AUGUCCGCUCCCGUCGCACGGGCUCGACAGUUGGGGGCCCUCCUGUUCCUGGCCCUGCUGGCGCUCGCCUGGCCACAUGCCAGAGCCAUGAAACCUACUCCCGACAAGCCCAACAACAAUUACUGCUCAACCGACACCCUUGCCGGGUGCGACCGACUCCGCGAUGCCCUGGCCACCCAGCCCGACUAUCGGGUCGGGGAUGUGGUUCGUGUGUCGUUGUUGGCCGACAACCCCGACCUCGGGCCCCUCUUCGCGGAGUACUUUGUCACUGUGGACAAGCUGGCCGUCCUGACCAUCCCGGAGUGUGCGCCCUCCUCAUGCUCCGCGCCCGGCUCCUCCAGCGCGCCCGGCUCUGCCAGCGCGCCCGGCUCUGCCAGCGCCCCCGGCUCUGCCAGUGCACCCGGCUCCUCUAGCGCGCCCGGCUCCUCUAGCACCAAUGUCGCGGCCAGUCCAGAAGAUCCCCGAGCCCUUGCUGGGGAGACGGACGACAAUCUCCGCUGCACAACCUCGUGCAUCGAUGGCGCAUGCGGCGUGGAGGCCCCGCUGAAUGACAGCCAGUGCGAUGACAUCUGCGACAUCAAGGUUUACCUGACCUUUGAAGGCCUGGACCGGAACAAGACCCGACUGACGUCGGCCGGUGAAUACUCCCUCAGCACCAUCCUCGAGUGGUGGCCCUUCGAUGUGGAUGCCUUUGUGGCGCGCGCCGCCCGCGCAUGGCGGGGAGCCGGCUUCGCCGGGUUCGGCCACGCCGGCGACACGCUGCUCGGCUGGUGGGACCGUCUGGUGGAUGUCCUGCCGUCGGGCGGUGUGCCGGCCCCGCCGCAGGAGUAGCUCCUGGCCCGUCCUCCUUCUGGUGCGGGCCAAGGAGCCGAGCACUGAUGCUCCUCUUUUUGUGCCCCCCCCCCCCUGCCAGCCGCGAGGAUGUGCUCCUCGUUGCGCGUCCGAACAAAGACCCCCCCCCCCUUUUCUCAA